CUGCGCAGCCCCCCGCCCCCCGCCCCCCGCCGUGUUGUCUGACCGGGGGAUGAGUCGGUAGGAAGCUAACGGCUAACGUCACGGAGCGGCGGCACCGCGCGCGUAUCUUCAUGUCUGAUCCUGCUCUCACGUCGUCCAGCAGAGCCGUCACGAACCGGUCCGGACUCGACAUGGCAGCGGCCCGGAGCUCCGGCGGGCUGGCCGGGUAGCUCGGCGGGGAGAUGCAGCGGCUGUUAUGUAAGAGCGGAGCAGCUACUGUUAGCCCGCCGCCAUGAAUGACGCGCAGCAAGAAAUGUCUCCGGACUUCGUCCUGAUGCGGCUCGUGUCCGCCGCAGAGUACGACCGGCUGGACGAGCCCGACGACCUCAGGUCCGGAGGCGGCGGGUUCGGGCCUGUCAAAGCCGCGCUGGGACACCGCGGCGGCGGGUUUGAUUUGGACCCCAGCGGCCCCUCGGCAGGCCUCGGCUCCGCAUCCCCGCACUACAGCUCGCCUCUCCCCGGAAAAGGCGAGCUAGACGGCGGGCUGGCGCUGACGCAGGCGCCGCCGGGCUCCGAGGCGCCGCUGUCCCCUCCGCCGCCUGAGGACUUCGCCGUAGCGGCGCAGCGGUUUGUGGACUUCUCGGUGCCGCACACGCACGGCUCUGGGGGGCACGCCUCGAGGGCGCAGCUGAUGGUCUUUCAGAACCUGCUGCGGUCCGGAGACCAGAUCCUAGAGUGCGGCUUGGAGCAGCCACAGCCGGGGUUCCCUCAGGAGGAGGCAGAGAGACAGCAGUUGGACCCGGGAUCAGGUUCGGGUCCUGGUAUCACAGCUGGACCUAGGCCUGGAGGGGGGAAGGACCAGAACUCCCACUGCAUCCCCUCAGCAGAGGAAAACCUGCAGCCCUUACAGAUCCUGCAGUGGCACCCUGUCCUCAGACUGUCUAAAGGUCCUGAUGGGUCCCAGACACCCCAGCCGGUCCCACCUCUUGAGUGUGGAUCGGUUCUGUGCCACAGACAACGCUUGGCCAAGUGGCCCCCGGUCCUGCUGGACCAUGCACUGCGCCUGGGACUCCUGGAGCCCAGGAAGAACUGCUCCACCGUGGGAGAAGAUCCGGUUCAGGUCCUAGCACAGAGGCUGGAGCAGCUGGGGGAGGUCAGGGAGGGAGGGGAAGGCAGGGGGGAGGAUGUGGUGCUCCCCCUUCCUCGCUGCUCCUGUCACAACAUCCUGGUCUCGGGGACGGGAGGCAUGGGGCCUAGUGAGGAGACCAGCGACGCUCUGCUGGUCCUGGAGGGUCUCGGGUCUGAGGAGGUGGACCGACUGGGUCAUGGGGGGGACAGAAACAGACAGGACACUGACAAAGUAGAGCAGAUGGGGGAAGUUGUUGCCGGGGUAAGCCCUGGGGGGGCGGGGCUUGUGUUCUCCAGUGGGACCCUCAGCGGUCUGAUGCGGCAGGUCCACAGACUGGCGGAGGAGGCGGGGGUCUGCACGGACCAGACCUGCCGGUCCUCGUUGCCCUAUCCCCCCAUCAGCACCGCCACCUGCACAUACCCCUCCGUCCUCCCGCAUGCCCCCCAAACUUCAGCGGCCCUCACCCCACCCGGUCCCCAUCCGAGCCCCCGGGUUCAACACCAGUCCCGUUCUCAACCCCAGAGUCGCGCCACCACCCCCAAACUCGGCGUGGCCUUGGGAGGACCGGGUCGGCCUGCAUCCCCCCUGAUGGUCCUGGAGAGGGAGAGGGAGAAGACGUCUCGGGGGAAGUCCAGGAAGGGGGGGUCCCUGAAGGUCCGGCUCAGCAAGCUGUUCAGAACCAAGAGCUCCAGCGGGGGGUCGGGGGGGCUGCUGGACAAGAGGCCUUCCCUGGCCUCAUCCACCUCGUCUGGGGGGAGCCUGCUGGACGUGUGGGGGUCCACCAGCAGCAACACGGACCAGGACGGCAGCAGGUUGCUGCUGUCCAGACCUCACAGUGCCUUCUCUCCGGUGCCGUUCAUGCCAGCUUUCACCGGUGAGACGGUCUCUCUGGUCGAUGUGGACAUUUCUCGUAGGGGGGGGGGCUCGCUCCACCCCCCGACUCCUCCCCCCCCUCCCAGACGGAGCCUCAGUCUGCUCGAUGACUUCGGAGGUCCUCCGCAGCAGGGUCCCUUCAUGGAGCGCAGCGUGGGGGCUUCCAUGCAGUCCUUGCCCCCCCGACCAAUGGCCCUGCCCCCCUCCUUCAGCAACAUCCAGCACAGCCUGAGCCUCAACGACACACUCCUGCGAGGUUUACCCCGCCCAGUUCCUCUGCGGCUUGAUGGGCACCAUCCCCCACCCCGACUCGUGCCCCGCUGCCCGCUCAGUCGACCCGACGCUGGCAGCUUCGCCACCAGCCUCAGAGAGCUGGAGAAGUGUGGAUGGUACUGGGGUCCGAUGAACUGGGAAGACGCUGAGAUGAAGCUGAAGGGAAAACCCGACGGGUCGUUUCUGGUCCGGGACAGUUCUGAUCCUCGAUAUAUUCUGAGUCUGAGCUUCAGGUCGCAGGGCGUCACCCACCACACGCGCAUGGAGCACUACCGAGGGACCUUCAGUCUGUGGUGUCACCCGAAGUUUGAGGACCGCUGUCACUCCGUGGUGGAGUUCAUAGAGAGAGCCAUAAUGCACUCCAAGAAUGGAAAGUUCCUCUACUUCCUGCGCUCCAGAGUCCCAGGUCUGCCCCCGACUCCGGUCCAGCUCCUGUACCCGGUGUCCAGGUUCAGCAGCGUGAAGUCUCUGCAGCAUCUGUGUCGGUUCUGCAUCAGACAGCUGGUCCGGAUAGACCACAUUCAGGAGCUGCCUCUGCCCACGCCUCUGAUCGCCUACCUGAGAAAGUUUUAUUACUAUGACCCAGAGGAGGAGAUCAGCCCUACGCUGCCGGAGCGAGGGCCGGAACGAGGAUUGGAGCGAGGGCCGGAACGAGGAGCGGAGCGAGGGUUGGAGCAAUCGUCAGAGCAAGGAUUGGAGCGAGGGCUGGAACGAGAAUCGGAGCGAGGGUUGGAGCAAUCGUCGGAGCGAGGGCUGGAACAAGGAUUGGAGCGAGGGCUGGAACGAGGAUCGGAGCGAGGGUUGGAGCAAUCUUUGGAGCAAGGAUCGGAGCGAGGGCCGGAGCAAGUGUUGCAGCAAAGCAGCCAGCCUGGAGUCGAGUCCCAAACGUAGCACCAGAGACAGCUCCUUUUCUCUCUUUGAUUUUGGGCCUGAUCACUGAAGAACGUUCAAACAUUCAAACUGGACUCUCAGACUGCAGCCAAUCAGCUCCCUUUGCUCUGUCCUGUAUCCGGGUGGGUUUCAGAUGAUCCACCCUUCUCUGAUUGGCUCGCGGGAAGUCAGCAGGGCAGGGACAGGGGAUGUGGGAACUCCGCCUCUUUUCUGAUGUCAUCACUGAGCAGCUGGACUGAAGCUAACAUGACGUUGCUGUCUGGAAGAUGCUGAAACCUCUGUGACGACAGAAACUGUUGGUCACCUCUGGGUUCUGGAAAGUUCUGACGGCCGGAGACAAAGAAAGUUUUAGAGAUCGGAGUGAAACAGGAAGUCGGAGGAACCAUCCCAACAGAACGUAAAGUUUGUUUUUUCAUGAACAACUGCAGCAGAUUCAAUCAGAACUUCUGGUUUUGGUGGUUCUGGUUGAAUCAGUUCUGGUUUAACUGGUUCUGAUAUUUAACGGAUCACAGAUUCAUAGAAAACUGGAAAAACCCACAUUGAUGACAGAACAUCAGAACCUUGAAUAAAGGUCCUUUAAGUCAUCUGGUUCUGGUGGUUCUGAACCUUUAUUAUAGCCUCAGUGAGGAAAAAUACAAGAUCUGGAUGGUCUGUUUAGGUCCAGUUCUGGAGUUUCAGUCCUCAGAACUUGUCCAUGAGUCUGAUCCUGAUUAGUUCUCACAGGAACCUGAACUGUGAUCCAGAAUCAGAUCCAGCAGCUGUUUCUAAUUGGGCCUUGGUGGUAUGGCUGUAGACCGGAUCGCUGGUUCAGAUUACAACCGUUGAUCAUCAAACUGAACCUUAAAGAAUCUGAAAGAACCCAACAGACCGGGGCCGAGUCUGUUUUCAGGUUAAGGGGCGGAGUCUGUUUUCAGGUUAACCGUCAUUUCUGCUCCCUUUACGUAAGUAAAGAAAUGAAUCUGUUCGACCGUCUCGCACCCGCCACGGUAGCAUGGUUGUUAGCGAGUACAACCAGCAGGGGGCACUGCCGAGUGGAGUCGAUGGAGGACCAUGAUGUUCAACCCCCCCGGUUUUCUUUUUUUAUACCUAUGACAGGCUAUGCAUACGAAAAUGGACCCAGCUGAGCUCGUACAGGACAUAGAAGAUGGAUGACAUGUAGCGUGUAGACGGGCCUUUCUGUCCAGACCUCAUUGGUGCUGGUAUGGCUGCAGACCGAAUCACUGGUUCAGUUCCCCGGUUGAUCUUAUAGAGAAGCUGGAAUCUGAAAUCAGGUGGGGCGGGUCUAAGUUCAAGGGGGGGGGGGGGGGGGUCUGAGUUCAGGUUUGGGGUCUGCCUAGUUUCCAGUGAAAAUGAAGUAAAGGGGAAAUCCGUGCGCUGAUGUUUGGAAACGCGACGGCUGGUUUUCGUCUCUUUUGAUGAAAAACAUGACGGAUUGGUUCGGCCCACCUGCUCGUUGCUGAUCCUGGUUCUGAUUCUGGUCCUGGUUCUGAUCCUGGUCUGUUUGUGGUGUGAGUUGUGGAUUUCAGAAGAUGUCUCUGAAGCAGAAACUCUGAACUCCGACAUUUCGGACCUUCAGACCCGUUGAAACAAUGAUCCAGCUCAGAUUCAAGAGUCCAGUUUCUGCAGCAGGUUAUGAACCCGGGAGACGGACGCCGUCGGGACAAACGUGACGCUGGACGGCAUGCUGGGAGGGAAUCCAGGACCCUGGAGGUGACCGCCGCUGCGUCUGCUGCAGCACCAUUACCAAAAACACAUGAACAAAAAAAACCCUCAGAGGAUGAGGGUUGCUAUGACGACUACUGAAGUGAUGCUUCACUGGAACUCGCAGGUGUUUUGCUGGGACCAGUUGGGACCAGUUUGGACUGGGAACACGUCCAUGAUGUCAAACAGUGAAGAGCUGACUUGCUGUUGGUGUGGAGGAGCAGUCAUGUUUGUUGUUGUGCAAUCAGCUGUUAAUAAAAAUGAGUGGGCGGGGCUAAAGUCA